AUGGUCUAUCCAACACUGUCACCGCUGGCCAAAGUUUUCACGGCGACCACUCAGAUGGUUCCUCAAGGCAUCAAAGCCCAACUAGACACGGCUAAAGCACGGGGAAUGACGCAGUCCAGUAUCUUGGCUCACUGUCUUCGUAUACAACAACAGCCAUUUGCAUCGACCGCCGCGGAGGCGGCGCUUCUCGAUGCUGUGAUCGUUGGCCUUGAUGCAGAAUGGUACGAGUACGAUUCAUCUUACAUCACUGAGCUCGGGGUUUCCAUUAUCGCACCAGAAAUUGUCGAAAAAGCAUUGGCUGGAAAGCGGCGCGCGCCAUGGGAUAUCAUCAGCUACAUCAUCAACUACCAUGUCUGCAUCAAGGACAACAUUCACAUGGUCAACUCUGAGCUCUGUCCUGGCUAUCCGGAUAAAUUUCAAUUCGGUACGACAACAUUUGUCUCGGUGAAGGAAGCGCAAACGCUGCUCCGUCAAGCCUUUCUUAAAUACGAUGCAAACGGACAACCUCGGCCAAUCGUCUUUGUUGGACAUGCAGUCGACAACGAUAUCGAGAUCAUCAAGGACCGCUUCGACUUUGAUAUUCAUGCCUUGAAUGUGGUCGUGGCUACGAUCGAUACUCAGGUCCUUGCUGCCGAGUCCGGACAUGUAAAUGGAAAAUGGAAGAUCAGUCUACGCGAUCUGCUUUGCCGAUACGACAUCGACGAGGAGUUCCUUCACAACGCCGGGAAUGACACAGUGUGCACGAUGAUCAUAGCCGUGCUCAUGGCUUUCCAGUCUCCCAUGGCUGGCCACUCGGCUUACUACAAGGAAUUGAAGCGAUACCUGCACCGCAAUUCUGAGAACAUAUUCAACGAAUUUCCUCAAUUCGGGACCCGAGUCUUUUGUAGAAACUGUACUAGCAACAAGCAUUUUGCGCAACAUUGCCCGGAAUCGGUAUUUUGCCGUACUUGUUUAGACCAUCCAACUCGGGAGAAGGGUUUGGGGCAUAGCCAUCGAACAUGGCAGUGCCUUGAACACUACAAGGAUGCAGCAAAGGCCGAGCUGGAGUCUACACGACAGGCGCAGGCUGUGUGUGGGCCUGGAAAACUGGCAGAGACCACGGUGCCUCUCAAGUACCCUGUUCCUUGUUCCUUUUGUAUAGAGUCGACGGAUCCGGACCGAUAUACGCUUGAGUGCGCAUAUAGUCAUCUAGAGAAGGAUUGCGAUCAUCAACAGUAG